CAGCAUCCAUGAUGCAGGGGCUCUGCUGGCAGGUGGCAGUGAAGAUGAGCCUGGGAUUCCUGUGUCUCUUUCUGGUUUUCAGCACAGCUUCGUGCCUAAGAAAAGAAAACAAGAAAGAGAAGCAAUUGGCAGUGCUGGCUACUGCAGAGCUGCCUGCAAAGUCCCUGGACCUGGCUGCCAUUAACCUGACAGAGCUGGUGAACGGGAUGCUGAGCACUGCACUCAGAGGUACCAAGAAACUCUUCUCUUUGCUGAGCAUCACCUCUUACAGCUCGUUUGCCUUCCACAAAGUGUCAGUCACCAUUUACAACAUCUCUAAUGCAAAAAAUAUUGACCCUGGCAAGUUCCCUAUGCACUACUGCUACUGUGUGAAUAAUGUGACAAAUGACUUGACAGAUUUUACAGCUCUACUUGUUGAUAUCAUUGGAAACUCCACCAGUUAUCUCACAGAAAUUUUCAAAUCCACUUCUAUUCUCUCAGUGCGUCAGAGCAAUGACUCUGAUUGUAUAUACAUCUGUGUGAUGGCAGGGCAGACAGGGAAAAAUCUGUCUGAUUUUUUGGAAAUACUAGAUAAGUCUCCUGUUAUUAAUUACACAUUUUCCAGUAACACAUCAUCUGACCUGGACCUAGAUUCGAUUUUCUCAACUUUUGUGAAGUUGCAGGAAGACUCAAACAAGACACUGGAUUCAUCAGCAGAACAUGUGUGGACAUUUAAAUCUACCAGGACCCCUCUCGCCCAGAAAGGAGCAGGCAUCCCCACCAUCCCCACCACGAGGCUCCCGCUGUGGCCAAGGACAGCUGGAGCCAAAGGCUGGUGGUUUCCAUCACCCCACGUGGAUGCUCCCAGGCCCCAGGGCAUGGCCAGCGCCCCCCUGAGCCCUGUGGGGAGCCUGGCCCCAUCGCCAGCCCUGCAGCCCAGCCCCACUGAGAUGUCCAUGCUUUGGAUGCAGACAGUGUCUCCACAAGAAGCCAGCAAAGUGAUGCAAACAGAGCCAGAUUUGCCCUCCACAGUGCUGUCUCUGCCUCCUUCCUACCGACCUGGUGUGACACUGAAACUUAACUCAGCUACCAGGUGCCCCCAGGCGAUGCUCAGAGACCCCCGUGUCACCUCCCCUCCUGUCACCCUCGUAGUGCAGAAGAUCAACCCCUGUGUGAUGGAGCUCUGCAGGUUCUUUCAGCUGUGCCUCUGUGUUGGUCAGAGAAGAUAUUCCAGAAAGGAAGCCAUGAGAUACUGUGUUGAAUACUAUUCCUGGUUUGUGAAAAAUGCAAGUUAUGUCUGCGAAAGAGUCAAAAGGGUUGCUUACUCCCACACAUUGAAGCAAAAAUGCCUUAAAAACAUCUGUACAUCAGUUUAGAGCACUGAGAAAUUUUACUGCAAGUUGGAAGACUGGUGGCAGUUUUAGUUUUCUUUUUGAUUUCUCAGAAAGAAACCUGUUAUUUGUAAAUAUUUGAAAUCAGACAAGCUAUUAACCAGAUGUUAACCUAGAAAUGUC